AGAGCUUUUGUUUUUCUUUGUGUUUGUGUUUUUUCUUUUCUCAGCUGUGUCUGUUUCCCCGUUGUCCCUCGUUUCGUCUUCAUUCACAUGUCGGCUUUUGGCUAAUCUUUCUGUCCAAAAUGAGCCACGUUAAUUUGUCAAAGACCAGAGAAGGAGAGAAGGAGGAGGGAAUAGAGGGAUGUUUUAUGGGUAACGGGUUCAGAGAAGGAGAUGGUUUGGGAGGAGCAGGAGGGAUACAGCUGCAGUGUCCUCCUCCUCCUCCGUCCAACCUUAUGGACAACAUCUCUGGGGAGUUUGCCCUGGUUAUCAACGGACACAGUCUGGCCCACGCGCUGGAAGCAGACAUGGAGACGGAGUUUGUGUCGACAGCGUGCGCCUGCAAAGCAGUGAUCUGCUGCCGAGUCACCCCGCUGCAACCUCCUUCUCAACAAGAGAGUUCUUCAUCUGCAUCGCACAGGUGUUGUUUUUUGUCCCCUGUGCUGUCCUCGCCGACUAUCAGGCCUUUAGUGAUUCAGUAUGUAAAAUUAUAAAAACUUUUUA